CUAUUUAUUUCAAGUGUUCAGAUAACAAAACCGCAUUUCACACAGGAACACGCAGCACGCGUGAAAAUGGAGGAAAACUGCAUCCACAUUUCAAAGGAGCUGCCGGUGGCGUUCGGAAGCUUCACAAAGCAGGAUAACUGGGACUAUUUCUUCACCUUAAGAGGCGUCGAUGAUUUCUCCGAGUGGUACGCCGAUUGGCCCCAACUCCGGACCUUACUCAGGAACAAUCUCUCGUUUCCGCCGCCGCCGGAGGAGCUGAAUAUUUUGGUUCCGGCGUGCGGGAACUCCAGGCUGUCUGAGAAUCUGUACGACGAAGGGUUCAGGAAUAUAAUAAAUGUCGAUUUCUCGAAGGUGGUCAUUUCAGCCAUGAUGAAGAGGAAUUUGAGAGGACGGCCGGCGAUGAAGUGGCGCGUGAUGGACAUCACUAAUAUUCAGUUUGAAAAUGGGACCUUUGAUGCCAUCGUCGAUAAGGGAGGAUUGGAUGCUCUGAUGGAAUCUGAGCUUGACUCCAGAUCAGGAAUACUAUAUAUAUCUGAGGUUAAAAGACUGUUAAAAGCUGGAGGAAAAUAUAUUUGUCUCACCUUGGCAGAACCUCAUGUACUAGGUCUACUUUUUCGGAAGUUUCGAUUUGGGUGGAAAGUCAAUCUUUAUGCCAUUGCUCAAGAACCAUCUUCUGGAACCAUCAAACAGCAUACAUUUAUGUUGGUCGCAGAGAAAUAUAUUUUAACUGUAGUUUCUCAGGUAACAUCAUUCAUGGAUGAAUGUUCUGUAGAAUCCCACGGUUAUCAGGUUCAAAAAGUAUUUGAAGCACUUGAAAGAGAAAAUACUGUUCGUGCAGAGUACUCCAACGGUGCUGAUAUAUGGUACUCACUUGAAGACUUGAAGCAAGGGGUGAAAGGAGACAUUCGAGAGAUUGAACCUGGUCGUGCUGUAAAGCUCUUUUUAGGUGAACCGGGAGUAUCCCGUUUUUUCUAUACUGGUGUACUUCUUGAUGCUGAACGGGGUCUUGCACCUUUCUCCGAUCGAUUUCGAGUAGUAGUUUUUCGGAAAGCGCAAACUUGCCAGAAGAUGCUUGCAAUAGAACUCCCAAAGUGGUUCCUUAUUGGAACCUUAAAAGCUUCUCGACUGUUGAUGAUUGUACUGGAUUCUAGUCAUUCUAGUGUUACCUGGGACGAUAUAGUGAAGGGUAUCUCUUGUUUUGUCAAGCAAUUGACCCCAGUGGAAACCGGUUAUGAAAUAAAUCAUGUUGCCUCUACAUGUGAAGAUGAUUUGGUUGAUGGGGUUAAGCAAAGGAAUAUUGUGCACGAGGUUAAAACUGCCUUGAGCGGUACCAUCUAUGUAGAAGACGUGAUGUUACAUAUGCAUCCACCUAAGCAUGUCAUAUUCCGUCGCUUUUGUUUUGAAAGAACUGAGAGUUGGGUGCAUUCUGAAGUUUUAUUAUCCACAGAAGAACCAAAUGAAACUUCUGGUCAAGUUGAGGAUAAGAAAGGGCCGGCAGCUUUCAGAACCCGCAAGAAAGGAAAACCAAAAAAAAUCGAUUCACACUCAUCUGGUUCUCAUAGUGAAUCAUCAAGUGGUCAACCGAAAUUUGAGCGCAAAGUUACGGUAAGGGGAUACCACCAGGGGCUUAUUGCUGGAUUAAUGUUGUUUUCUGUUCAUUCAAAAAGAACUACCUCAGCUGGUGGACUGGUCAAAACAGUGAUCAUUGGUCUUGGAUCAGGAACACUUCCAAUGUUUAUGAGAAGUUGCCUGCCUACUCUAAGGAUUGAGGUCGUUGAGUUGGACCCCGUGGUUCUGAAUGUUGCUAGCGAAUAUUUUGGUUUUAUAGAAGAUGAACGUUUAAAGGUGAUAUUCUGCUUUCUGACAUUUGUACCAACUAAACAGAAAGUGGAGUAUGCAAAAAGGGUACAUAUUACUGAUGCAACUAAGUUUGUCAAAGAGAAAGCAAAUUCAGAGGAAGAAGGAAACAACUCUUUCAAAGUUGAUCUACUUAUAAUUGAUGUGGAUUCAUCAGACUCAAGUUCUGGUUUAAUCAGUCCAGAGGCAGACUUUGUCGAGGAAUCUUUUUUCUUGGCUGUAAAAGAUUCUCUUUCUGAUAAAGGUUUAUUCAUCUUUAAGUUGGUCUCGAAGUUCCCUAGUGUGAAGGGUGCAGUGUAUUCGAAAUUGAAAAGGGUGAGAACAAUUGAAGUAACAUUUCUUUUUUCGAUUUAUUUUUCUUCUUUGGAUAUGUUUUUUGAUACAUAG